GUGUCUCCAUCAGUCCGGUGGAUGCUCGGCCGCCUGGAGGUCGCUGUCUCCUCCUGUACUGCAGCAGUGUAGUCCCCGGCCCCGCUCCCCCUCCCGGUGAUUGGCGGGCACAGAUGGAGAGCCUCGCCGGGCGGCAGCAGUCAGUAGCCCGGGCAGAGCUCUCCGGUGGCGGGCGGCAGCAGUCAGCAUCCCGGGCAGAGCUCUCCGGUGGCGGGCGGCAGCAGUCAGCAGCCCGAGCAGAGCUCUCCGGUGGCGGGCGGCAGCAGUCAGUAGCCCGAGCAGAGCUCUCCGGUGGCGGGCGGCAGCAGUCACAAGCCCGGGCAGUGCAGUCAUGCUGUCCCGGAAGGGUCUGAUCCCGGAGGAGUACGUGCUCACCCCCCGCCUGGCCGAGGACAUCUCUGAGCCCAAGUACCGGGAGAAGGAGCGGCGGGCGAGGUUUGUGGCCAAAAACGGGACUUGCAAUGUGGCCCACAAGAACAUCCGUGAGCAGGGCCGCUUCCUACUGGAUGUCUUCACCACGGUGGUGGACCUACGGUGGCAUCACACCCUCCUCAUCUUCACCAUGUCCUUCCUCUGCACCUGGCUGCUCUUUGGGAUGAUCUGGUGGCUCAUUGCCUUUGCCCAUGGUGACCUGGACCGGACUGACGAAGACUUUGUGCCAUGUGUGACCAGUGUCCAGUCCUUCACCGCAGCCUUCCUCUUCUCCAUCGAGGUGCAGGUGACCAUUGGCUUUGGGGGACGCAUGAUCACUGAGGAAUGUCCAGCAGCCAUCCUGGUCCUCAUCAUCCAGAACAUUGUCGGCCUGGUCAUCAACGCCAUAAUGUUGGGCUGCAUUUUCAUGAAGACGGCGCAGGCCCAUCGCAGAGCAGAGACCCUCAUCUUCAGUAAGCACGCAGUCAUCGCUCUACGCAACGGUAAGCUCUGCCUCAUGUUCCGGGUGGGGGAUCUAAGGAAGAGCAUGAUCAUCAGCGCCACCAUUCACAUGCAGGUGGUCAAGAAGUCCAGCAGCCUGGAGGGUGAGGUGCUGCCCCUCAACCAGAUUGACAUCCAGAUGGAGAACCCCAUCAGCACCAACGGCAUCUUCCUGGUAUCUCCACUCAUCAUCUGCCACACCAUCAAUAAGGACAGUCCACUCUACGACAUCUCCGCCUCAGAUCUCACCCACCAACAGGACCUGGAGGUCAUCGUCAUCCUGGAGGGGGUGGUUGAGACGACCGGAAUUACCACCCAAGCCAGGACGUCCUACCUGGCCGAUGAGAUCCUGUGGGGUCAGCGCUUUGUGCCCAUCAUAUCAGAAGAGGACGGCAGGUACUCAGUGGACUACUCCAAGUUUGGAAACACGGUCAAGGUGCCCACUCCGACCUGUACAGCAAGAAAGCUGGAGGAGGAGCAUGGCACCCUAGAUAUUCGCUCAUUUUCCCCCAAAAGUACAGUCCGCAGACGAAACAUGUCCAUCAAGGUAAAACCAAAGUUCACACUUUUUGAUGAGGAUCCAACCUGACCCUGGGCCCCAAGACUCCUCCAGAUCUGAUUUAGUCUAUGCAGCACUCAUGACUACUCCAGAUCUGGUAACUUCUAUGCAGCAAUGGUCCCUCAGGAGAAGCAGAGCAGCAGUUUUUCACUUUUUAUUCACAUUUUGCUGUUUUCUGCAGAUAAUCGCACAUGUCUUAGCAAUGUCUUGAAGAUUCCUCCUGUAACGA